GAGUCCCCUACUUCCCUCUUCUCCCUAUACACACACACACGCACACACGCAUUAAACAGACUACACCCAAACACUUUCUCUCUCUAACUUUCCUUCCCCCUUUUGUUUUUUUCUCUCUCUCUCUCUAAAUUUUAUUUUUUCAUUUUAUCUUUUUUUGCUGCAAAUAUUCAGUGGCUACAGAACAGAACAGGGAGGGAACAGCUGCGUCAGAGCUACAGUCAUGAGAUAUAUCAUCACGUAUUAGAGAGAGUGAGUGAGAGAUACGAAAACAAAAAACCAGAGGAGGACGACUCAUUGAGAUUUGCGCUACGAGAGAAAAAAGAGAAAAUAUAUAUUUUUUGCAAUUUUACAAAAGAUAAAAGAAAAAUAAAAAACAAAGAAGAUCUUCAGCGGAUCAGUGUGAUUUAAAGCAAAGGCGGCGAGAAUUUAUGAUGAGCUUGUUUCAGAGAGAAAGCGAGAUAUAACUCCCCCCCACACCUUUCCCUCUCUGCCUCCUAAGCUCUCUCUGUCUACAUAGCUGGCUCCUAAUUACAUUUGCUCUACAAUUAUUUCUUUCUCUCCCCGACGCCAGAAAUUUCUGUAUCCAAAUAGUUUUCUCUAUCUGUUUUUUUUUUUUUUUUUUCUUGUUCCCCAAGCCAUUUUCUUUAAAAUCCUGAAGCGUCAUUGUAAGAUUUUUUUUUUUUUUUUUAAGGUUUUCGAAUUGAGAUUUUUUAAUAUAUAUAUAUUUUAAAAAAUCUAUAUAAGAGCGUCAUCAAUGUCAUCAUAAAGGCUGGAAGUCGAUGGGAACAACGCGAAAAUCGAGACGGUGGUAUAAGGGCUGGACAGGAGAAAAUCUUGCAGGGAUUGUCUCAUUCCAAUGUUUAUUGUUAUGAUCCAGUGGUUGCGUGUUUUAAAGAAACAGAGGAGGCUUUGAAGAAGAAGAAGAAGCUCUAUUCUGGUGUCUUUGUCUGGUUAAGCUGUAGGAAGAGAGGAGUUGCAGAACCCGCCAUUUUAGAGUGAGAAAGCUGGUUGAUAGAUAGCAUCUUCAGAGGAGAAAGUGGCGUGAUUUGUGUGGUAUCUAUCUGAAAGUUUUUUUUUUUUUCCCUGUAAUUUUGGGUGCGGCAGAGAGGUAUUUUUGGAGGGUAAAAAUGAAGUUUAUGAAACUGGGUUCGAAGCCUGAUGCGUUUCAAGCUGAGGGAAAAUCGGUCAGAUAUGUCUCAUCUGAAUUGGCUACAGAUGUCAUCAUAAAUGUUGGUGAAGUGAAGUUUUGCCUCCACAAGUUCCCUCUUUUGUCCAGAAGCAAUCGUUUACAAAAACUAGUUUCAAAAGCCAGUGAGGAGAGUUCUGAUGAAAUUCAAAUGGCGGAUUUCCCUGGUGGGCCAAAAGCCUUUGAAAUAUGCGCAAAAUUUUGCUAUGGUAUGACUGUUACUCUCAAUGCAUACAAUGUUGUGGCUGCUCGUUGUGCGGCUGAGUAUCUUGAAAUGACUGAAGAUGUUGACCGGGGUAAUCUGAUAUUUAAAAUUGAGGUAUUUCUCAACUCAAGUAUCUUCCGUAGCUGGAAGGAUUCCAUUAUCGUUCUCCAAACCACAAAAUCUCUUUUGCCAUGGUCUGAGGAUCUGAAGAUCAUAGGAAGAUGCAUAGAUUCCAUUGCUUCUAAAACUUCUGUGGACCCUGCAAAUGUUAGCUGGUCCUACACAUUUAAUAGAAAAUUAGCAGAAGCUGAUAAAAUUGUUGAAGAUGGGAUGAAGUUCCGAGAAAAAAUAGAAUCUGUCCCAAAGGAUUGGUGGGUUGAAGAUAUAUGUGAGCUGGAUAUUGAUCUCUACAAAAGAGUAAUGAUUGCUGUAAAGUCUAAGGGAAGAAUGGAUGGUGCUGUGAUUGGGGAGGCACUGAAAACUUACGCAGUUAGGUGGUUGCCAGAUUCUAUUGAUGCUUUGGUUUCUGAUGCUCAUACAUGGAGAAACAAAUCUCUUGUGGAAACAAUUAUUUGCUUAUUGCCUACUGAUAAAGGUAUGGGUUGCUCAUGUAGUUUCUUGUUGAAACUGUUGAAAGUUGCUAUUUUGGUUGGCACAGAUGAGACAUUGAAGGAAGAAUUGGUGAAGAAGAUAAGCUUGAAGUUGCAUGAAGCUUGUGUUAGUGAUUUAUUGAUCCCAGCAAAGUCGCCCCAAAUUACCAUAUAUGAUGUUGAAUUGGUUCAAUCCAUUGUAAGCCGAUUUGCAAUUCAUGAGAAAUGUAAUUGGGGUUCGGAUGUUGUUGAUAAGAAUAUGAAGGGCACAGAUAAUUUCAUCUUAGGCAGUGCAUCCCUAUUAAAUGUUGGUAGAUUGAUUGAUGGAUAUCUUGCAGAAAUUGCAAGCGAUCCAAAUCUUACACUUUCUAGCUUCAUAAACUUGUCAACAUCCAUUCCUGAUUCAGCAAGGCCGAUUCAUGAUGGUUUGUACAAAGCAAUUGACAUUUACCUGAAGGAACAUCCCAGUUUGUCAAAAGCUGACAGGAAGAAAGUAUGCAGUUUAAUGGAUGUCAAGAAACUGACAAUGGACGCAUCCAUGCAUGCUGCACAGAACGAGAGGCUUCCACUCCGGGUGGUGGUUCAAGUUCUCUUUUUUGAGCAGGUUAGAACCUCUGCAAGUGCAAGAUCCGUUAAAGAUCAUCCCCGUGACACCUCACGUUCUACAACAAACACAGAUGAAGAAUGUGAGAAGCCAGCUGCGGAGAACUGCAAAUCCCUCAAGAAUCAGAUGAUGAGCCAGAUGAAGUUAAAUGAGGAGUUUCCAACCAAUGGUAAAUUAACCAAGAGGAACAACAAAAGCAGUAGAAGCGGUGUGCAACUAUUGCCAUCUCGGUCGAGGAGAAUAUUUGACAAACUAUGGGCAGUUGGUAAAGGGGGACAUGGAGAGAAUAAAAGUUCAGAGACAUCUGGGAGCUCUCAGAGUCCCACAUCAAUGGCUCCGGGGGAUACAAAGUCCUCUGGUUCAUCUUCAAGACAGAGAAGGCAUUCCAUUUCCUAGAAGGGUAGUUUACUUUGGCGCUCUAAUUAGAACCUCAACAAUUGAGGAAGAUGCUCCAACUGCCAAGUGUAAAAAGUGGUAGGAAUGAUUUUGUUGUAGCUAAAUGAUGAAUUUAUGUUUUUCUAUCUGCAAAUUACCGCCAUAGAGAGAGGGUGUUUUACUGUAGUAGUAGAUAUGUAAUCUGUGUAUUUAGCCCACCAAAAAAAAAAGUUCCGUUAAUCCCUGUAUUCGUGUGCCUCUCUCAACAUUUGUGGGUCCAAAUUGUAUUAUUAUCUAUCUUUUCCCGUGAUAUGUAUUUGCUUAUUUCAUAUUUUACAUUGAUCUAGAAAAAUAUCAUGUUCUUUUCGUCUUA